AUGGAUCUCCUGGAUAGAGGAGGCUGGGACCUGCAGGAGUUGCACAACUUGGCCAAGAUACGGCGUGACCAGUGCCGAUCUCAGAGCGCCAACCUGGUGUCAACCUGGAGAUACCAGAUCCGGCACCUCGGUACCCUCAGGUCCCGGCCCACCCGAGCUCUGCAGCCUGCAGAGACCCCUGGUGAGGAGAUGCUGGCAGAGCUGGGGUCCUAUCUGCUGCUGGCAGUGGCUCUGCUGGGCGCAGGCCCCAGGGCCCAGGCCAUGAAAGGUGUCAAAUGUGGCGGGGUCCUCUCAGCACCUUCCGGGAACUUCUCCAGCCCCAACUUCCCGAGACUGUACCCCUAUGACAUGGAGUGCACCUGGCUGGUUGUGGUAGCUGAGGGGUCCUCAGUGCUGCUCACCUUCCACGCCUUUGAGUUGGAGUACCACGACACCUGUAGCUUCGACUUCCUGGAGAUCUACAACGGCGCGUCGGGGGACAAGGGCAAUCUGCUGGGCAGGUUCUGCGGCCAGGUGCCCCCACCACCCUUCACCUCCUCAUGGAAUGUCAUGUCUGUCGUCUUCCACUCUGACAAGCAUGUGGCCAGCCACGGCUUUUCUGCAGGCUACCAGAAAGAUGUGUGUGGCGGUGUCCUGCCUGGCCUGUCAGGCGUCCUCACCAGCCCCGAGUACCCCAGCAACUACCCCAACAACGUGGAGUGCCGCUGGGUGAUCCGGGCCGCCGGGCCUGCCACCGUGAAGCUGGUGUUCAUGGACUUCCAGGUGGAGGCCAGUGAGCAGUGCACCUAUGACUACGUGGCUGUGCUAGGGGGGCCUGGGCCAGCCCAAGGGCAGCACUACUGUGGCGCCACCAAGCCCCCCACCCUCGUGUCGCUGGGCCGGGAGCUGCAGGUGGUCUUUAAGUCCGACUUCAACAUUGGAGGCCGGGGCUUCAAGGCCCACUACUUCUCAGGAGAAUGCCAGGAGGUUUACAUGGCUGUGCGGGGGAACUUCUCCAGUCCACAGUACCCCAGCUCCUACCCCAACAACAUCCGCUGCCACUGGACCAUCCGCCUGCCUCCUGGCUACCGGGUCAAGGUGUUCUUCCUGGACCUGGACCUGGAGGAUCCCAACAGCCUGACCAGGACCUGUGAUUUUGACCAUCUGGCAGCUUUUGAUGGGGCCAGCGAGGAGGCACCCCUGCUGGGCAGUUGGUGUGGCCGCCACUCACCACGCCCCGCCACCUCCAGCUCCAACCAGCUCCUGCUGGUGCUGCACACAGACCGGAGCACCACUGGCAGGGGCUUCUCAGUGGCCUACAUUGGAGUGGUGCCCAUGAACGUGAGCUGCUCCCGCACAGACUUCCAGAUCCUGAUCGCUGCACAAGCGCUGGCCCCGCUGGACCGGACCAAGGUCUACCUGGGCAGCCGGAACUGUGCGGCCCAGGAAGUUGGCAGCAACUUCCGGAUCCAGGCCCGCUUCGACACCUGCAGCACUGAGUCUCAGAGAAGAAACAACACCUCGGUGAUCAUCAGCGUGCUGUACAUCGACUUCUCGGCAGCCGGGCGGGAGGACAUCCAUGAGUAUGAGGUCCGCUGUGAGCCGCGGCGCAAGGAGGCUUCUGUCCAUCUGCUGUCUGGCUCCGACUGGCUCGGGCCCUACGCUGCCACUGCUGAGCACCUUCAGGAGGCACCAUCCAGGGAUGAGGUGGAGGCACUGGAGGGCCCGGUGACCAUGGUGGCCCAGGACACCAGUGACAUCAUCUUCCUGGGCCUCUGCAUCCUGGCUGGAGUCCUCAUGCUCAUUGCCAUUGUGGUCCUGAUGCUGCUGUGAGCAGGCAGGGUAGGAACCUGGCAUCUGGCAUCCCUGGGAGGCAGUGUGGGCACCACAGAGGGGGUGGAUGGUGUUUGUUGGUGGCCUUGGGUGAGCAAGCCAAGUCCCUCUUUGAGUCUCCAUUUCCUAGGCUCCUCUGCCCCCUUGUCUCCCAGGGCUGGUGUGAGGCUCAGAAGAAAAUAAAAGGACAAAAGCAUUGUUAACCAUAGUGUGCUGUGAUUGCUGUCAUUAUCAAUUGCAAAGACAAUCUGCCUCAGAAGAGAACUCUCCCACAAGCAUUACU